ACAUUUGAAUGUUGUGGAUAAAAUUUGUUGAGCUCCGAAAUUCCAACCUAAUAUCAAAAAACAUCUCUGGUAAAACCUACAUAUGUAAUCUAUGCUUUUAUAAUAUAGGAAGGUAAUUUUUUUCGACUUCGCGCACUUUCUGGUAGCUACAUUUUGAGGGCUUUUAUUUAAUUCGUGGUUGUACCUAUUUGAAGAGGAAGAUGUCUGAACCUCCAAAAAAAAUUAAAAAGGGUUGCACAUCUAUUGAAGGUUCCAGUAGUGGAUCUGAUUUGGAUGCUGCUACCCAAAAAAACUUGGAAGCUAUUGAUAAUUGCCAAAUUGAAAUCGACAAACACUGUAUUGAAGCUAGUGAAGAAAUACUCAAAAUUGAACAAAAAUUCAAUUUACUUAAGAAACCUCUCUUUGAAAAGCGGAGCGAAAUUAUCAAGAAUGUGCCUAACUUCUGGUUUACAGCUAUCAUGAACCAUCCUGAUCUCAGUUCACUUGUAGAUGAAAAGGAAGAAGAAUGUUUACAGUUUUUGAAUAGGAUUGAGGUUGUUGAGUUUGAGGAUAUCAAAUGUGGCUAUGAAAUCCAAUUUCACUUUGAAGAAAAUCCUUUUUUUGAGAAUUCAACCAUCAAAAAAGAAUUUCAUUUAGGCUCAGGUCCUCCGAGUUCUCAUAGCACUCAAAUUAAAUGGAAGGAUGAUAAUGAUCUCAAUUCUGGCAAAAGUGGAAGUAAACGUCAUUUGGAAUCUAAAUCAUUCUUUAGUUGGUUCUUUGAUAAUGUUGACCCUGUUAGCGAUGACAUAGCAGAAAUUUUCAAGGAUGAUUUGUGGGCAAAUCCUUUACAAUAUUAUUUAGUUCCAGACAUGGAUGAUGCUGAAAAUGAUGAAGAUUCAGAAUGUAGUGGUGUAGAAGAAAUACAUGAAGAGUAUAAUUGAGUGUAUUAUCUUGUUCUAGAAAAUUCAGCAAUACUUAUAAAAUUUUUAUGUUUUUAGUUGUGAAUAUUUUAUUUUAACAUAUUUACAACUGAAAACAAAAUUUAAUAGAGAUUUCUGAAUUUUCUAGAGCAAGAUAAAAUACUCAAUUAUAUUCAAUGUAUUUCUGUUAUUGUUGAAUUGUACUUUGGUGCAACACUGGAAAAUCCCAUUAUUGAACAAGAGUUUGUAGGGAAAAUAUAUUAAUUCGAAUAUAUUUUCGGAAUAACUUUUCUUUAAGAUAUUAUGGGAUUAGACAAGCUAUGUUUCUGAUAAUGUCUUGACACUUUGAUAUGUUAAACUAAAUUUUUUAAGUAUAUGAAUGGUUUAUCUCAUUUGUUAUAGAAUCUAUAUUGUUAUUACGGAGUUUAUUUAAAAUUUUAUUUUAUAUAGUGAAUAUUCUUUAUGGCAGAAACUCCUUUAGGGCAAAAUCAUCUGUGAAUCAAUUGAAAACUAGUUUUACUUAGGAAGAAACUAAUCAAAGCAAUAAGUAAAAGAUAAUCAAAAUAGAAUUAAUCAAAAUCUGUUUCAGUAGUUAGCCCAAUAUUAAUAUUUGCUGUACAAAAACCAAAGGUAUUCUAUUGAAAACUCACAUUCUCCCAAAAACAUUUGCCAUUUAUAUACCUUGACUAAAUAAACAAUAUAAACUAAUAGGCAACA